CUCAAGGGUAGGCAAAUGCGAGCCGGAGACGUUCCAACCAAAGUCAAAGAUCGGUGAACCCUCCUUGCAACCCACCAUCCAGUCCGCCGCCAUCCUGUCUCACCCCCCGAUGGCCCCCAGGUGGAAGUUCAAGGCCGUCCCAGACGUCUUCAGGGACCUCUCCGAGCUCCAGAACAAUCCAAAGGACAAGGUGACGACCCAGCCUAACCUCGGUCUCCUCUCACGCUCCUACCCCACCGAUGACACCCAAGAGCACGGACAGCAGCAGGAGAGUGACUGGGCGCGUUUUGUUCGCUACGUCUCGGCCUUGAACCAUCAGUCGUCAUCCGACGUGCGGUACAAGGUGCUCUACCUGACCCGACACGGCGUCGGCUACCACAAUUUCAAGAGCGCCGAGGUGGGCGAGGACGCGUGGAACAACAACUGGUCACUCAAGGAUACGGAUGGCGUAAACACCUGGUUCGACGCCUUCCUCGCCCCCGAGGGAGAGACCCAGGCCGGAGAACUGAGCACGUUCUGGUCCACGCUGACGUCGGCCCAGGGGGCACCCCUCCCGCAAAGGGUGUACACGUCUCCGUUGGCGCGUUGUCUCCAGACGACAGAGUUUGUCUACGGGCCUCUGUUUCCCAAGGAGAAGUUCCAUCCUAUUAUCAAGGAGGAUCUGAGGGAGAGGUGGACGCUGCAUACGUGUGACCGGCGGCGAACCAAGUCAUGGAUCGCGGAGAACUGGGUGCCCAAGGGGUACGUAUUCGAAGAUGGUUUCGCUGAGGAGGACGAGCUGGCCAAGAAGGACGACAGACGCGAGAGUGACGAGGAGCAUGGCGCGCGAAAGCAGCGUGCCCUGGAGGAUGUGUGGAAUGCGGACCAGGGCGAGGAGUUUGUCGCCCUCGUGUGUCACUCCAUGGCCAUCAGGGCUAUUCUGGCUGUCGUUGGGGCCAACAUGUUCAGGGUGAGGGAGGGCUCAAGCAUAGCGUUGCUCGUCAAGGGCACAAAGAUGGGGUAGAUAGACGGGAGUUUAUGGAUCGAGUGGUCAGCGCCAUUGAGUCAGACAGGGAACAUACAUGUCAUCGACUAACUAUAUAGAAUUAUCCAGAAAUCCUUCGACAAAAGAAAUAAAGUAAACAAAUA